AUGGCCCCUGUCACGUAUACCCCCCAAGACUUACUUCGAAUGCGGGCUGCUCCCGCCAGAAAAGAGGUGUAUGACGAGAUUUGCCAGAAACUGCAGAAGGAGGCUUCUAUCGAAGAUAUUCUGCGUCUACCCGUCAACAGAUCCUUGCCUUUGAUCCCUGAAGAAGAUACUGAAAAGCUUACAACUGCCCCCAACGGCAAUCCUGGCCCUGUUCAACAGCUUGAUGGCACCGAUUCUGAAUGGAGAUACCGCGGUCGGACAGAAAAUGAAUGUGGCGAGCCACAGCCAAUCUCUGCGCCAUCCGGUCUUGUUGCCCAAAAAGACGAAGGCUUUCAGCGAUUUUACAAGGCCGUAGUCUCGCCUACUCAUGUCAGAGUUACAGCAGGCGGGCGCAUUGUUCCAAACACGAGAGCUUCUUCAUCACCCACUGGCAAAUGGACAAAGGACAAGCCUUCGUCGGGCAGUCUCUUCGCCGCCCGACCUAUGGAGAGGGAUGCAGCCGACAUAGCGGCAGCAAAUGGCACCCAGUACCCAUUCGGCGCCUUCCCUUCUUUAUAUCCAGGAUAUGCUCCUGCCAUGCACGGAUCGCCAUACCCAAUGUUCCCCUGGCAGAUCUACAACACGUUUUGUUUGCCGGCACCUAUGCCACAAGCCGCCUUCCCGAAACCCAGUGACAAAGAUAACUCACGCAACCAGCAGGAUGGCGUCGAUGACCGCCAGGAAGCAUCUGACCCUUCUCAGCACCAAGCUUCCGCCCCUACAGAUGGUAGCCGGCCCUUUUACUUCAAUGGACAGUGGCCUAUGACUCAUAACCCAUCCCUGUUUGCCUACGGUAUGCCUUCAUUCUCCGGUUUCCCUCAUCCGUCGAUGGUUGGCCCUGUUGCAGUACCGCCGGCAAUACAGCCUACACCUUCUUCCCUGACCUCGGUCCCGGCUCAUAUACCUGUGCCUGCAUCUUCCAAGUCUGACAAGCCUGUCACGGGGACCGCAAAACCCGGCCCUGCUGUGGCUGCAUCACCAACGACACCGGCUUCGCUGCCGAACCCUCCUAUCUCGUCGAUUCGACCCAGUGAAAUUACCAAGAAGCAAAUCGAUGUUCUCAAGGGAUCCUUGAAAUACCUAGAAGAUCAACUUCUAUACAACAAACAUCAGAUUGAUGAAAAGUGGAUGGAGUAUCAGGCACACAUGGUUCGGCAGCAAGUAGGCCAAUUCGAGAAGAACCUACAGAACCAAAAGAGCUUUGAGGAAAGUUAUUAUCCGAAAUCCAAGGAUAAUUCUUCCGCAUCGUCGGUCUCUGUUACCGCCCAAAACCCCUCCACAGACGAAUCAUCUGCCCAACCACCGAACGAUGGCACGGGCAAUUCUGGCCAGAAGCCAUGGCGUGAGAAGGACCACGAAUAUUUUCAAGCACACCAAGGCAUCAACUCCACCAAGUCGGUCAGUCUGUUCGCUCCAAAGAGGCUCGGUAGCAACGCGGAGCCUACCAAGAAAAUUUCCACGCUGCCAGUCCAUGCGGCUCUUGCACCCCCCUUCCAACCACAGAAUGAAGGCCCUGGUCGAUCCUCGUUUUUGUCUUCGCGAAAGCCAGAUACUCCAUAUCUCAUUGGCAUGAUUCCCGCCGGGAGCAAUCAGGACAAAGCACGGGAGACUGGGUACCAAUAUGCACGAGACCUUACCGAUGAUGAGCUUCGUGCACGCCAUAUGUACUGGGGCAAGGCUCCUCAUCACUUGCAACGUGGUCUUCCCAAGUUUGAUGGCAAAGACUUUUACCCACCGUCCCCCACAAGAGAUCGAACUUCUGAGUCAAAUGAUUCAUUCAUGGAGAUUCAAUCUGAGAGCGACGGCCCACGAAGUGCUAACGGAUCCGUAUAUGACCCAUUCCGAUCCUUGGGCAGACCAAGACAGCGAGUGCCUCGAGGCCCUUUGGGGCAGACGACGCAGUCCGAAGCGUUGGCCCGGAACUCGAGCUGUGGCAGCUCAGUCAUCGAGCGCGGUACAUCCUGCACUGGCAAAAUUGUUCACCAAAAUGAGAAUGCUCGCAAGACUGUGGACCAACCGGCAAAUACUGUUGCUGUCUCUUCGAAAUUGAUGAACUCGGAUUCUGAAGAAGGCGAUGAUGGUCGGAGCAUCCUCUUCAAGGGCCGCAAGCCCGCAACCUCGGGGACCAAAUCACGCAAUGAAAUCUGGCAGAGUAUGCUCCACAAGGGAAAGUCGAGCGGGCAGCUCGUACCUAGCACAAUUUCAUCGGCCACAGCCCAGGGUGUUCUUCCACAAUAUCGAGGCCACGCCACAGCGUACUUGACUCCAACCAUCGCAAAUACCUCCACACCAGCACGUUCUGCCACGGCAAAUGGAGGUGAUUUGACUCGGCUCAAGUCUCCAGAGCCUGUACAGACCGAGAAUGUGCCACCGACCGUGGCCAACGACAAUGAAUCGAUUCGUCAAGCCAACCUUCACAAAUUUAACCCACAGGGAAUAUUGUCGCAGUAA